AUGUGGUUUCUCCAGGCCUAUUAUCCCGGGCUCAGUAUGGGAAUAGUGAUGCCAAUCUCAAUGGCCUCUGGUGUUUCGACAUCAAUUCUUCUUGAGACGGUAAUGCUACGCAUCGGCCGUGAUGGCUUGACUUGGCUUACGGCGAUGAGGACAGCUGUGGGCAUGAGUCUAAUCUCCAUGUUGACCAUGGAAGCAGCUGAAAAUGCAGUGGAUUACUAUCUGACGGGCGGGCAAGUUGCUCUUGAUGAUCCAUCAUUCUGGCUUGCUGCUCUGGUGUCAAUUGCAGCGGGCUUCUUGGCGCCUUUGCCGUACAAUUACGCGAGGUUGCGCAAGUACGGAAAAGCCUGCCACUGA